GAGGGGAGGGAGUACUGGAGUCUGGAGGGACGAAACACAAAAAAAGCAAAGAGAAAGAAAAGAGAGGGGGAAGAGGCGAGAGUCUGGCGGGCGCAGAGCAUGGAAUGGAGGGGCUGGUCAUGCUGAGGCAGCUAAUCGGACAAGUUCAGGAGCUCUGGGAACUCUACGGCUCUCCUCCUCAUUAUCUCCACUACCAUCACCACCACAACCAAACUCAACAACAUCAAAGAUGGUGCUUCCUCCAUCCUGAUAAUAGCUCUGUGGAUGAUGGUUACUACAAUCUUAUGAUGGGGGGAGGAAAGUCCAGUGAAUUCAAAAUGGUAGAAAACUACAAGCCACCACCCACCAAGAAACCUCGAAGAGAACGUAAUCGAGGAAAGUUGCCUGAAACUGCUGGUUCAACCGAGGUAAUGGAACAGCAUAUCUGGAAAGAAUUUCCCGAGGACCUGUUUGAAGCUGUUAUAGCAAGACUCCCCAUAGCUACAUUUUUCCGGUUCCGUUCAGUCUGUAGGAAAUGGAAUUCUUUGCUUACUUCUCAUAGUUUCUCUCAACAUUGUGCCGAGGUUCCACAAGGCCACCCGUGGUUCUAUACCAUUACUCAUGAAAAUGUCAAUAGUGGAGCCAUGUACGAUCCUUGUACAAAUAAAUGGCACCAUCCUUCCAUCCCAUCUUUGCCCACGGAGGUAAUCAUACUCCCAGUGGCUUCAGCAGGUGGUCUCGUAUGUUUCCUAGAUAUUGGUCAUAGGAACUUCUAUGUAUGCAACCCUUUGACUCAGUCGUUCAAGGAGCUGCCAGCAAGAUCUGUCCGUGUCUGGUCUCGUGUGGCAGUUGGGAUGACUCUGAAUGGGAAUUCCACAAGCGAGGGCUACAAAAUCCUCUGGGUCGGAUGUGAUGGAGAGUAUGAGGUCUAUGAUUCGGUGGAGAACACUUGGACUCGCCCAGGAAGCAUGCCAUCAAACAUCAAACUACCACUGGCCCUGAACUUCCGGUCACAGGCUGUAUCCAUUGAUGGCACACUAUACUUCAUGCGUGCUGACCCAGAAGGGAUUGUAUCUUAUGAUAUGAUUAAUGGGGUUUGGAAGCAGUUUUCAAUUCCAUCACCACUGCAUCUGACGGACCAUACCCUCGCAGAAUGCAGGGGUCGGAUCUUGCUUGUUGGAUUGCUGACAAAAAAUGCAGCUACAUGUGUUUGCAUAUGGGAGCUGCAGAAGAUGACGCUCUUAUGGAAGGAGGUUGACAGAAUGCCAAAUAUCUGGUGCUUGGAAUUUUAUGGAAAGCACGUUAGGAUGAAUUGCUUGGGUAACAAGGGAUUGCUCAUGCUGUCUUUGAGAUCGAGGCAAAUGAACCGUUUGGUUACCUACGAUGUUGCAAGCAGGGAAUGGCGGAAAGUUCCAGGCUGUGUGCUCCCACGCGGGAGGAGGCGACAGUGGAUUGCAUGUGGAACUGCGUUCCACCCAUCCCCGACUGCUUUGGCUUGAUCCUUUUCUUUUUCUUCUUCGUCUUCCCGUUGCUCGCAGACUCGCAGUCGCAGGUGGCAGCAUCAUUUUGCAACUGAUGAAGUUUCAUGUCCGCCGCUAUGGACACUUUUCCUAGUUAUAUUGGCCUAGGCUCUUGGCCUUGUUUUAAGUUUGUCUUUUCGGCUUUUCACUGUAAUCGAUGAUCUUGUGGCGACAAGGACUAUUCUUAUGCUGCUGCUGAGCGAUGCUAAUGCUAAUGGUGUGUUCCAACUUCCAAAUGAUGAUGGUGAUGGUGAUCAGGGAUUCGGGAAGAUUGAGGACGAUAAUGAUGUGGUUUAGUUGAUGAUAAUCUUUCCCGUUGUUGCCUUGUAUAGAAUAGACAAAUAUACGGUAUUCUCCAACCUGAGAUGAUGAUCUUUCCCGUUGUUCCUUUCACAUCAACAACGUUGCAGAACGCGUAAUCUGAAAUAGAAUUGGCAUUCAGAUUUGGCGUUU